CCGCGCGCGGUCUCUGGUCGUUGGCUCGAGCCUGGAGCUCAUCGGAGGCUCGAGGGCUGCUGGCUGCUCGUGAGCGGCGUGGCGCGCGACUGAAGGAACUUCGCGUGAGGAGAGAUUCCACAGAGCCUCUUUAGAUUAAAACAGGACAAACCAAUAGAAACGCAGCUCGUCUGUCAGUCUAUUGGUCCGGCUGGACGGGAGGUUGUAUUAUGUGAGAAAAGCUCGAAUCUGGGAAAUACCCCGCGGGGUCGCGCGCUCCAGCAGAAAUUACUUCAGAGGGACUCCGCGCUCCGGGCUCGCGGACAACAGCAAAGUUUCAAGUUUGCUGGUGGAUUUUCUGCGCUCGCGGCUGAACUGGGUUUAUUGUUCUGAAGAAGAAAAGGAGGAGAAGAAGGUGGUCUACAGGUUUUUCCGUCCGUCGCGCGCUCUGAAGACAGAAAUGGACCUCACCAAACGAAUCUUCGUUCUGGGCUUGACCUGCGCUCUCGGACAGAUGUUAUCGGCCCACAUGUGUGACAUCGUGAUGGACCUGGAGAUGGAGCGAGACGAGUGUCUGGCCAAGUUGGAAAAUGUCACAUCAGGUUGCAGAGGUGAAUGGGAAAUCGCAUGCUGGCCACCGGCUAGCAUCGGACAGCUAGUCACAAUCCCCUGCCCCAAUUACUUCAGCCAUAUCAGUGACCAAAAAGGCAAUAUAUCAAAGAGCUGCACGGAGGACGGCUGGACAAACAUAGACCCUGCAGUGGUUGCGCAAAACUGUGGCUAUACCCUCAAUUACACAGAGGGUGAAGAUAUGUUUGAAUUCCUGAGCUCAGUGAGGAUUGGCUACACUAUUGGUCACACCGUGUCCCUGACAUCCCUUGUAAUCGCCAUCUUUAUUUUGUGCUUUUUCAGGAAGCUCCACUGCACAAGGAACUACAUCCACAUUCACCUCUUCCUGUCCUUCAUCCUGAAGGCCGUUUCAGUUCUUAUUAAGGACUUGGUGCUGUAUGAAGUGGAUGAGCCAGACUGCAGCAAUCCAGGAUCUGUGGGAUGCAAGGCGGCGGUGGUGUUCUUCCAGUACGGAAUCAUGGCCAGUUUCUUUUGGCUGCUGGUGGAGGGCCUCUACCUGCAUGCUCUCCUCGCCGUCUCCUUCUUCUCCCACAGGAAGUACUUCUGGUGGUACAUUCUGAUUGGCUGGGGAAUCCCAGCAGUCUUCAUCACCAUAUGGAGCAUUACAAAAGCUUACUUACAUGAUGUUGGAUGCUGGGAUUUUAUUGACGAUAAUCUGUGGUGGAUUAUAAGAACUCCGAUUGUGAUAAUAAUCCUGAUGAAUUUCAUUUUAUUUGUCUGCAUCAUCCGGAUUCUCCGGCAGAAAAUCAACUGCAGGGACAUCGGCAGGAACGAAUCUAACCAGUACUCGAGACUGGCGAAAUCAACUCUUCUUCUGAUUCCCCUGUUUGGAAUAAACUACUUCAUCUUUGCCUUCAUGCCUCAUCAUGUACAGUCUUAUGUGCGGCUGGUGUUUGACCUUGUCUUGGGUUCAUUUCAGGGCUUUUGUGUUGCAGUGCUGUAUUGCUUCCUAAAUGGAGAGGUUCAGUCUGAAAUUAAGCGUAAAUGGCGGCGGUGGCACAUGCAGCGGUUUCUGGGCGCCGGCACUAAAUACCAGCAGCCGUGUCUUGCCAGCAACGGGAACCACUCCAGCACUCAAAUCACAAUGCUGACUAAGUGCAGCCCCAGCACCCGCCGAGCAUCGGCCUGCCAGGACGACUUCUCCAACAUCUGAGCCGAGCCGGGGCCGAGAACCAGAUCCAUGAGCCAGUCCCGGGACGCUGUUCUUCAGCCGGAGCCCGGGUUCCAUCAGUAUCAUCAUCGUCACCAUCAUCGCCAGUCCGGCUCUCGUCGCCGCUGGGAAACAGCGCCAAGUGACUGAGUUUAGACGAUCGGUGUUAGAUAGGCAUGUGGUCUCCAGUGUGUCUGUGUCAUUGAUGUCCGUCACGUUCUUGGUCAGUAGGGGCGGGACAGUGUGAACACUUCUGGACCAAACAGAUCACGCCUAAAAUAUGCGUCAGAAUUAUCUGUGGACAAGAUCAGAGCAUCAGUCAAAACCCAGCAUAAGACUGUGUUGAUCAGAACAGGGGCCUCAUGUACUAAAGGUGCGUACGCACAAAAACAUUGCGUACGCCAUAUUUCACGCUCACGGUCUGAUGUACUAAAUUUGACUUGAACGUGUGAAAGUGCGUUCCCCCACGGCACUUUUGUUUUGGGCGUACGCCUUUUUUUUGUGCGCAUGUAUUGUGUUUUUGUCAUUUGGCGACACUUAGUGGCGAUGCAUUGAAACUACAACUAUUAAGAUAUCCUUUAUGCACACAUUGAAGUAAGCAUUAUUGGGUAAAAUAAAGUAAAUUAAUCAGACAGUUUCAUUGUCUUACAGAAAUAAUCGUUUAACGUGUUUCCACUUAGCCUAGAUUAUGGGUUUUAGCCUAGAUUAGGUUUGCGCUGGAGUUGUUGGAGAUGCAGCGUUGGCAUUACUGGAAAAUAUUGCUAAUGGCCGAAUUCAUUGAGCGCGCAUUUUCCGUGACCAUUAUGUUUUUUUGGCCCAUGAUGAUGACUGGCUUAUAAGCCGUUUUAGAUUUCCAAGAGGAUAAGAGGAUAAGAAAACAAGCUGAGUGCGUGACGUGUGGCUUUUUGGUAGGCAACUCAUUUAAAGCAUUUAAAUGAAAGCAUUUAUCUUAGAAUAAUACAACUUAAAACAUGGGUAAUUAUACGCUAUGCGUA